AUGGCUAACUCAGCGGGAGCUAUGGCCAUUGAGCCCAUUGCCGAUCCUCGUGCAAACCCAGCAACUAACGACGAAAUCGUCGAGGGCAAAAUCAUGGAGCGCAACUGGGGUCUCGAAGCUCGUGUCGACUCCACUGUCACGUUCGAGGAAUUUGCCUACUGGGCUGAGAUCGAGCGUGCCGAUGAACAGGAGAGGAAUCGCCAGUACGUCGAGAAGCGCGGUCCAAUGUCCGUCGCCAAGAUGCUCAAAGGUCGCUUCUCACAUGGCAUUCAUCAUGAAGAACAAAAAGAGCGUGAGAAGGCUGCUCAGGAGUCCAGUGACGGCGACCAUAAGGGCCCAGCUGUAGUUCAGCAAACCGACCUCACCGUGACAGACGAGGAAUGGAAGACUGCGGCCAGGGCUUUGAAGACGGCCAGCUGGGGGACUGUCUUCUUCUUAAUUACUACGGAUAUUCUCGGUUGGUCAAGCUGCCCAUACGCGUUUUCCACUGUGGGUUACGGUCCUGGCGUUGCUCUCUACGUCAUCUUCUCUAUUGCCGCAGGAAUCAGUGGUUAUAUCCUGUGGCGCGUUUACCUGAGCCUUGACUCAUCCCGAUACCCUAUCCUGAGUUAUGGCGACACUUUCUUCCGCGUGUUUGGCCGGAGGUCGCGUCACUUCAUCAACGUGACCCAAGCUUUUCAACAAUUCAUGACUGUGGCAGUCUUAAUUCUCGGAAGUGGCCAGAUCAUCGCUCAGCUCUCGGGCGGUACUAUCUGUUACAUUGUGUGCUUCCUCAUUUUCACAAUCUUUGGUGUUUUUGCCGGGAUGAUGCGUGGCUUGCAGCAUGUCGGGUGGCUGGCUAAUGGGUCGGUUUGGUUGAAUAUUGUCAGCUUCAUUAUUGUCAUGGUCGCAGCGGCCCGUUUCACAGUCGACUAUGAGGCUACCACCCAGAGCACGCGUGUUAAGGAGAUUGGACCUAUUAUGACCUUUGGAGGACCGCCGCCUGCCCAGUACCAGCCCGCGGCAGUUGGAUUCGCGGGACAGUUGAACGGUAUCAACCAGAUGGUUUAUAGCUGGGGCGGUGCUCUGCUCUUCGUGGCCUUCUUGGCUGAGAUGCGUCACCCGAUGGACUUCUGGAAGGGACUGAUGUGCGCCCAGAUCUUCAUCUGCGUCGUCUACAUUUUCUUCGGUGCUUUUGUCUACUCCUUCUAUGGACAGUACUCGGCCCAAGUGAUUACUACCGCCAUUACACCCUUUUCUCUGCAAACUGUUGGAAACGUCUUCGCUCUAUUGACAGGCGGCAUCGCAUGCAUUAUGUACUUCAACAUUGGUAUGAAGACUGUUUACAUUGAGGUCUUCCAAGAAGUAUUCCACUUCCCUCCUAUCAUCACUCGGAAAGGCCGCAUGAUGUGGUAUGCCUUGGGACCGGUCUACUGGAUCGUAGCCUUCAUCGUUGCUGCCUCCGUUCCCAACCUAAACGGUGUCUCGGGCUUAGUCGGCGCCCUUCUAAUUCUCAACUUCACCUACACCUUCCCUGCCAUCUUGUACGUGGGUUACAAUUGCCAGAUGGGCGCUCGGCUUCCAGGAGAAGGGUUUGACGCCUCCACACGUGUGACUGUCAGACACGAUGGCGGCUACAAGAGAUGGGUUCGUGGUUACAUGAAGAAGUGGCACAUCAACAUUGCCAGCACGCUGUACUUCCUGGGCGGCCUCGCUCUCUCCGGAAUGGGCUCGUGGGCGGCUAUCGAGGCUCUGAUCGCGUGGGCCGAUGGGCAAUCUUCAAUUGCCACGUCGUGGGGAUGCGCUGUUCCGGUAUAG